AAGAACGAAUUUAUGCACACAUCUUUCUCUCAGGAAAGAAAACUUCGUCUUUUAAGCUGUCGUGAAGUAGAUCAGUUAAAACAGUCGAUUUCGUUCGCGCAUUAUAGCUGAAUGGUCAGACCAGGAUCUUCGCUCGGACCAAGCGCCUUCAAUUGUUGUCCUGGAUCAUGGAAUUCCUACCUCCAUGAUGCCAAGAUAGAUCGGUGGCCGCGGCCGCUGCAUGCUGGGGCCGAGCGAAACCAGGAUCGAGCAAACAGUUAUGGGAAAGAGGACCUGGAAAUUUAUUUUAGUUCCGCACUAAUAAAUUCUUCUGCUGUCACCUGCUACAUUUUUUCUCGAAUUCCUCGUCAGUUCUCACCACCUAUCGCUAAAAUAAGACACAGUUUUUCAGAAUGGUCAUUACCAGAAUUUGCUUGCAACAAAUUUAGAACCGAAAACCGGCAUUGUAUACAACAUAAUUGUUCUAUUAUCAUGAGUGUUAACUGUUUUGUUGACACAUUUUUAUUGCCGUUUGUCUGCGUGUGUGUGUGGUCCUUGCUCUGAGUCUUGUCCUUACUCCUCCAUGGUUUAAACUGACGGCUACAUGAGUACACGGUACAUAUCGAGCAAUACAAUAAAAAUAGGAACGAACUGUUGUUUGCGCUUUUGAGUGAAACGCGGUACAAAUCAAAGUUGAAGGUCAAGUCAACAAUACCUACCAACCGAAAAUACUGCCUGUACUGUGGGCCCCAGCGGGACAGUUGCCAAAAUUCAGUCAAACAGCAGCUAUUCCGAUUGGGUGUACCGGUCGUAUGUGACAGAAAUGGCAAAUCAACAUUCGGUACAGGCGCUGUCGUGGAGGCGCCUGUACCUCAGUAGAGCCAAACUGAAAGCUUCCAACAGAACGUCAGCUCUGCUUGCUGGUUUUGCAAUGGUUGCCUUGGUGGAAAUUCAGCUGGACCAAGAUGAAAUUCCAACCGGCCUGAUGGUUGCUUUCAGCGUAUGUACCACUCUACUAGUUGUGGUUCACAUGUUCGCAUUAUUAAUCAGCACGUGCAUCUUGCCAAACAUUGAAGCCGUCAGCAACGUUCACAAUGUGAAUGCUGUGCAUGAAUCGCCACACGACAGCCUCCACUGCUACAUCGAGAUGGCAUGGGCCUUCUCCACCAUCUUUGGCAUUGUGUUUUUCCUUCUUGACAUCAUCUUAUUGAGCUGGGUCAAGUUCCACAUGUAUAGGUAUGCAGCCAUUGCAUCCACUGCGAUUGCCAUUCCAGUUCUCAUUAUUUUAUGCGUCUUCGCCGUCAAUUUCUAUCGCAACUUGGUGGCACAUAAGUAUGAACGCUCCACCAGAGGACUUGAGGAACUCGAGAGUAUGGCGGUUGAACUUGAUAAUGGCGGGAGCAAGUCCACACCUGACCAAGAGGGCAGAGAGUCGCAUGUGAUUCAACAUGUUUGAGAGGAAACACCCAAAUUGUUUAUUUAUAACGAAUAGUCAUCUUUUACAAUAAAAGCAGGAACGUUUAAAUGCACAAAGGACACAAGACCCCACAAAUAACAGGGCAAAAGACCCAGAAUUGCACACAAAAAACAUAACAACCACAGAACAGUCCCUAACCAUAUUGGGAAAGCAUUGCAUAUCAAAAACAUUUUAAAAACAAAAACAAGGACAACCAAAAAAACAAGCUAUUGAAUAUGUUGAUAAGUUGAUUUCCUGACAAGAGGAAUAAAACAAGCUAUUGUUUGUUGAUGAGGUUAACCAGGUAUGGAAUAAUGCUUGUCUUGUAGCUGUUAGUGCGACAUCUGACAUUUGAUUUGAUUUAAUACCCACUGUGUUUUUGAGGCAUAGAUGAGCUAUGAUAUGACAGCCUGCAAUGAUAUCGUGGUUGGUGUAUGGAGGAAUGUAAAAUAUAGGAUGUCAUGGCCGAGUGGUUAAAGGAACACGUUGCCCUGGAUUGGUCGAGUUGGUUUUUGAAAAGCGUUUGUAACCGUUUGUUAUAACGGCAGCUAGUGUGAAGUAAGACAGUUAGUGUGAAGUAAAAUGCGCUAUAUAAGAACUAGUUAUUAUUAAUAUUAUUAAUAUUAUUAUUAUUAUAUAUUAUUAGAUUGAAAUGAAACAAGUUGUAACUCGGGGUUGACCAUUGUAUAACCAUGUUUCACCUUGGUGAAAGUGGGGUCUAUUGGAAAAAAUACCAAUAACAAAUUAAUUAAUGUAUGAAUUUAUUGCUAAUAAAUUUUAUAAACAAUAGGAAUCAAAAGUAGCCUUUGUGUUUACAAGACGCACAUUAAUUACUGUCCUAACUUAUUUUCAUUUAGCACACAUAUUUUACAGGUAUUAUACAGAAAUUGGUAAUGGUAAGGAUAAAUACAAAUAUUGUUUGAUUUUAGUCUGGAGCUUUGUGAUUGUUAAGUUUGUACUAGUUUUUUUCUGUGAAAUAUUUCAGCCUGAAAUGGAGUCAUAUUCGAGAAAACUGCAUCUGAAAACCAAAACAGCUGAUUUUGGUGGUGACAACCAUAACUAAGGACAUUGUGUAUUAUCAGGCCUAUAUGUUGAAAAUUGAGCUUGAUUUUUGUACUAUUUUCUCUUGGUUCAAACAAUGGAAUUGGAUCCUGCCUUUUUUCACAGGUUUUUAUUUCAUGUUCAUUGGUUGAUGACACAAAACCUGAAAACUGUAUACGUCACAAGACCGUCAGCUCUACCAAUCAUAUAUUACCAUUAAAGGCAUUGGACACUAUUGGUAAUUAACUCAAAAAAUAACUGUUAGCAUAUUCGCUUUCGGAGAGCUCUUGCUAGUACACACAUGUAUAAAACAUUGUGAGAAACAGCUCACUCUGAAGUACAUGUGACAUAGUGUUUGAGAAAGGGAUAAUUUU